GGGGCCUUCGGGGUCCUGGGCACGGCACGUGCUGAAGGAAGUGGCGCUGUCUCUCUGCGCGGAGCUCGUUAGUCCCUAAACGUGGAGCCAUGGGAGGCCUGGAGAAGAAGAAGUAUGAACGGGGCUCUGCCACCAACUACAUCACCCGAAAUAAAGCCCGGAAGAAGCUGCAGCUGAGCCUGGCUGACUUCAGGCGGCUGUGCAUCCUCAAAGGCAUUUAUCCCCAUGAGCCCAAACACAAGAAGAAGGUUAACAAGGGUUCCACAGCUGCCCGCACUUUCUACCUUCUCAAAGAUAUCAAGUUUCUCCUUCAUGAACCCAUCGUCAACAAGUUCCGGGAAUACAAGGUCUUUGUCCGGAAGCUCCGGAAGGCGUAUGGGAAGAGUGAGUGGAACACUGUGGAGCGUCUGAAGGACAAUAAGCCUAACUACAAACUUGACCACAUCGUCAAGGAGCGGUACCCCACUUUCAUCGACGCCCUGCGGGACCUGGACGACGCCCUGUCUAUGUGCUUCCUCUUCUCCACCUUCCCGCGGACCGGCAAGUGCCACGUGCACACCAUCCAGCUGUGCCGCCGGCUCUCUGUGGAGUUCAUGCACUACGUCAUUGCUGCCCGGGCCCUGCGCAAGGUCUUCCUGUCCAUCAAAGGCAUUUACUACCAGGUGGAGGUGCUGGGGCAGCCCAUGGUGUGGAUCACCCCCUACGCCUUCUCCCACGACCACCCAACAGACGUGGACUACAGGGUCAUGGCCACCUUCACCGAGUUCUACACCACCCUGCUGGGCUUCGUCAACUUCCGCCUUUACCAGUCACUGAACCUCCACUACCCCCCCAAGCUCGAGGGUCAGACCCAAGGAGAGGCAGAGGCCAGCGAGGGGACCUAUGCGCUGGACACUGAGAGCUCUAUGGAGAAACUGGCAGCCCUCAGUGCCAGUCUGGCCCGUGCAGUGGUGCCUGCCACAGAGGAGGAGGCCGAGGUAGAUGAGUUUCCCGCUGAUGAGGAGAUGGCGGCACAGGAGGAGGACCGCAGGAAGGAGCUGGAGGCACAGGAAAAGCACAAGAAGCUGUUUGAGGGCCUGAAGUUCUUCCUGAACCGCGAGGUGCCGCGUGAGGCCCUGGCCUUCAUCAUCAGGAGUUUUGGUGGGGCUGUGUCUUGGGACAAGUCACUGUGCAUUGGGGCCACCUAUGAUGUCACAGACUCCUGCAUCACCCACCAGAUCGUGGACCGGCCUGGGCAGAUGACCUCCGUCAUUGGCAGGUGCUACGUGCAGCCCCAGUGGGUGUUUGACUCCGUGAAUGCCCGCCUUCUCCUGCCCGUGGCAGAGUACUUCCCUGGGGUACAGCUGCCCCCGCACCUUUCACCCUUCGUGUCCGAGAAGGAAGGAGAUUAUGUCCCACCCGAGAAGCUGAAGCUUCUGGCUCUGCAGCGAGGAGAGGACCCAGGAAAUUUGAAUGAAUCAGAAGAGGAGGAAGAAGACAAUGAAGAUGCUGGUGAUGAAGGAGAAAACGAGGAGGAUGAGGAAGAUGAAGCUGGUUCAGAAAAGGAAGAAGAGGCCCGACUGACAGCCCUGGAAGAGCAGAGGGUGGAGGGGAAGAAGCCCAGAGUGAUGGCGGGCACCGUGAAGCUGGAGAACAAGCAGCGGCUGGCCCAGGAGGAGGAGAGUGAGGCCAAGCGCCUGGCCAUCAUGAUGAUGAAGAAGAGGGAGAAGUACCUAUAUAACAAGAUCAUGUUUGGCAAGAGGCGCAAAGUCCGUGAGGCCAACAAACUAGCAGAGAAGCGGAAAGCCCACGAUGAGGCUGUGAGGGCUGAGAAGAAGGCCAGGAAGGCAAGGCCGGUGUGAGUCCCGGUGACCCCUUGCUGGGCCGAGGCCGGCUUUUGACAGCUGGACGUGACAAAGGCAGGCCUGAGGAUCUAAGCUU